GGCCACUUUGCUAUGUUCAUGUCCUCUAAGAGAGAAGAAAUAGCCCACCUGGAGAGUGAGUCCAUGGCGGCUGUGGACCGAGCUUGCCUGGAGCUCUGGCACCGCACCGAAGGGUGGUCAAUAAACCGCCCCUCGCCCAUUACACUGACAGUGUUUGUGAAUGAGACUGCUGGACUGCGUGCUGUGUGGACUACAAAUGGAUAUAUGAAUAACACAUGGAUCAAAGACAGGGUGGAUUACAGUGCAUCAGAGCCUCACCAGAUUAUUUUGCAAGCCAGUUCUUCCAACUCAGCUGAAGGAAGCUUUGCCCUGGACGACGUGCACAUCAUCAGGGACAGGUCUUGUGAUGACAUCAUCCCAACAACCACCCCUACCCCUGCCACCACGACCACCACUGCUCCUGCCUCUGACAUGGAUUGCACCUUUGAACAAGGUGACACUGGGAAAAUAGAGUUUCAGUAG